ACAAUCUGUAACAAAACACGGAACUAAUUGAAGCCGGCCCAUUUGUUUCUCGCGAGGAAAAGUAUUGACUCGACUUAAAAAUGAUCAGUGACGUACAAUUGGCUAUAUUCUCCAACGUUUUGGGUGUAUUUCUUUUUCUGCUGGUUGUGGCCUAUCACUACAUUAAUGCCAACACGGGCAAAUCCACCUCAAAGGCUAAAUGAUGUUCAAGGUUUCCGCAAGUACACUAAUAACACAUGCUUUCAUAUAAUGUAUUGAUGUUUCUUUCGCAUAAUAAAUAGAACCCUAACUACAA